AUGGCUGAUCAAACUACUGAUGACACUACUAAUAACACCACUGUCCAGCAGCAAAAUGCUGCUACUACUGUUGCUGAAGUCAAAAUCUAUGAUUCUUCAAAUCCAUACUAUAUCCAUCCUUCAGAUUCUCCAAGUAUGAGUUUGGUUAACUCGAUCUUUGAUGGUAGGUGCUAUGGAGGAUGGCGUAAGGGUGUUCUCAUUGCCUUAUCCGCAAAGAAUAAGGUAGGCUUCAUUGAUGGAGCUAUCUCUCAACCCAGCAACACUGCAGAAACCUUCAAAUCUUGGGCUCGCUGCAAUGACAUGGAAAUCAGUGAGACAACUCAAGGAAACUCAAACAUUGCAGGAUAUUAUACAAAACUAAAAAGGCUUUGGGAUGAAUUGGACAGCCUGGAUAUCUAUCAAAACUGCACUUGUGAUUGUUCUUGUGGAGGUAAGACAAAGAAUCAAAAUUCAUUGCAAGAUGGAAGACUCAUCCAGUUCCUUAUGAAACUGAAUGAAGCCUAUGCAAGUGCUAGGAGCAGUUUUCUUUUACUUUCUCCUUUACCAUCUGUUAAUCACACUAAUUCUCUACUCAUAAGAGAUGAAAAACAGAGAGAAGUACAACUUGAUCAACAUGUAGGAGAGGGAGCCUUCUUGGCUGCAAAACAACCCUCAUACCAUAAGGGAGAAUCAUCAAACUCAGCAUCUAAACAGCCUUAUAUGGGUCAGAAGUUUCAAUAUGAGAAGAAAGGAUAUUCAGAACCAAAGAAAGAAGGACUGUUCUGCAAUUAUUGCAAGAAAACUAAUCACACCAUUGAUAAUUGCUAUAGGCUAAUUGGGUUUCCAUCUGAUUUUAAGUUUACCAUAUCUAAGAGGUACUCAGUUGCAAAGGGUAAUGCAGUUAUUUCUGGUGAUAAUGUUUCCACUCAACAAAACAACACAGGGGAUCAACCAAUGACUCAAGAUCAAUAUCAUAACUUGUAUCACCUUUUGCAAACUGUCAAAAUGAGUGGACAACCUGAACAGACUCCUGAGAACAUUGUCUCUGCUAAUUGUGCUGGCCCCUUCAAUGAAGAGGCCACUGGUUCUUGGUAGAAUCAGUCAUGGAAUCUAUCUUUUUCAGCCUGCUCCUUCCACUCAAGCCAAGUCUAGAGAUGUCAUUUCCAAUUCAAUCAAGGCUUUUAGCCAUUUGUCCAGUCCAGUCAAGUCUAGAGAUGUAAUUUUAAAUUCAAUCAAGGCUUUUAGUCAUUUUCUUUGUUAUCAAACUGUUGCUAAACAGUUUAGUGAGUCUAGUUUAUGUUUAAGUUCUGUUUCUAGUUCUGUAAGCCUCUGGCACAAAAGAUUGGGUCACUUACCCUUUUCUAAUAUGAAGAAUGUUCAUUCUAUUC